AUGGCAUUUCAAAUGUACAUCCAGAGCCCUGGAUAUAUCAAUCGAGAACGGAUAGAAUAUUCCAAAUGGCGUCAAUUGCACAUUUUUCUUGACCAGCCUGAUCUAAAGCCGGAGAACCAGACUGAAUCCCGGCUCAGGCACCGUGCAUAUACCGAAUUCCAACUCAUUAACUACAAGCUUUAUCGAAGAGCUAAUUCCAGGUUUCCAGAGCCACGAUAUGUUGUUCCUGAGAGCGAGGCAUUUGAUCUUAUUGCCAAUGAACAUCUACAACUUCUUCAUGCCGGCCAAACGAAGACAUGGGCUGCAGUUCAACAAAAGUACUACGGAAUUAAGCGCGAAGAUAUUGGGUUUAUACUUAAACGAUGCAAGAACUGUGCUCUAAACAGGCCAGCUGGAACAAAGGCGCCAUUGGUUCCAAUCAUCACCGGCAGAGCAUGGGAAAGAGUCCAAAUUGACUUAAUCGACAUGCGCCACGAACCCUCUGGCCAGUUUAAGUGGAUUCUACACAUCAAAGAUCACUUUUCAAAGUACACCCAGUUAUAUCCACUGAAAAGCAAGCACGCCGAGCCAAUUGCAGCUGCGUUCGCUCAAUUUAUUGCAGCAUUCUUACCUCCCAAGAUCAUGCAGGCAGACAACGGGAAGGAAUUCAAAGGGGCCUUUCUGAUUCUGUUAAGAAAAUAUGGAAUCCAGAUCAUAAAUGGAGCCCCUAGGUCUCCACAAACGCAGGGCUUAGUUGAACAGGCUAAUGGAGUGGUUGAAGCGAAACUAAGGGCUUGGAAAAUGGACAACGGAUCAACUGAAUGGGCUGACGGUAUACUCGAGGUUAUAUUGGCCAUAAACACUCAAGUCCACUCUACAAUUGGAUGUGCGCCUGCGGAAUUGCUAUUUCGAGAGCGUUCAUCAUUUGUCGACUGGCUGAAUAGCCACGCACGCAAAGAUCCUAACGUUGGCGUUAUGCAAGAAGACCAUACCCAAGCCCCAAUAUACGCCCUCUGCGCAAGCCCACCAGCCCAAACCGGUGGCUUAAGAGUUGACACUGGAAUUUAUUCAGACAAUUCCCACAUGACAACGGGCUCUAACCCUAAUAUUAGUGGUUCAGAAAUUAAUGUACGAAUUACUCCACCAGCUCAAAGCUCUCCGAUGGACGAAUCGUUUGGCAGUGAUGCCCGCAAUCGAGGAAUCAAACGUACGAGCCAUCCUACAAGUGAACCUAGAAGCUCGCCAGGGGCUAUAGUUGAAUUGGGAGAUCCAAUAAUUACGAAGGCCCAGAUAGCCACCCAGAAAGCAAGAACCCAAAUGAUGCAGAAGUACUCAAAGAGGCAAGAUAUUCAACAUUUUGAAGUAGGGGAUAUAGUUUCCUUAAAAGUUCCCAGAGAGGAUAGGACCUCAACAGAUAAUAGACGGUUAUUUGGGCGUAUACUGGAUGAACCCUACCCUCACAGGUACAAAGUUCUAACACCUUCAGGAAUAAUCCAACGCCUAGUUCCUACUAAGGGAUUAGGAGCCGUUGAUAAAGCUCUCUGGUCGGAUGUUUUCAUUCCUGAAUCCACGAACGAAGUUUCACUUGGACUGGCAGCCAGGGAAGCUUCUACAAGCGCCAGGGUGGGAAUUUCAUGCCAAUGCAAGGGAUUGUGUAACACAAAGAGGUGCAGGUGUUAUAAGGAAGGCAAGAAGUGCAGCGUGCACUGCCAUAGAGAUGAUCAUGACUGUGGAAGUUUAUCCGGCUUAGCUGUACGGACUGAAACUGCCUUGGUGGAUCGGCCGCGCAGGAAACGGGCUAGAGUUGAUACCAUAGGGAACUCGGUCACUUAG